AUGACAGAAAACCCAGCUUUCAACACCACUCCAGAGGACCUGAACACCUCCACUUCCUCAAGGAUGAAGAAAAACCCUUCUAGCCACCAGAACGUCACCUAUGUGGACUUCUAUCUCCACAAACCCUCGGUGGCCGCAGUCUUCACUGUGUCCUACCUGCUCAUCUUUUUGGUGUGCAUGGUGGGAAAUGGGGUGGUGUGUUUCAUUGUGCUGCGCAGCAAGAACAUGCGCACUGUGACCAACCUGUUCAUUCUCAACCUCGCCAUCAGUGACCUGCUAGUUGGGAUCUUCUGCAUGCCAACCACACUGGUGGACAACAUCAUAACAGGUUGGCCAUUUGGUAGCAUUGUCUGUAAACUAAGUGGGAUGGUUCAAGGGAUCUCUGUGUCAGCAUCUGUGUUCACCUUAGUUGCGAUAGCAGUUGACAGGUUUCGCUGCAUUGUCUACCCUUUCAAACAGAAGCUGACCAUCGCCACUUCAAAACUAAUCAUCGUCAUCAUAUGGGUGCUGGCUGUGUUCAUUAUGUGUCCUUCGGGGGUCAUGCUCCAGGUCACAAAGGAGCAGACAGUGAGAAUAAUUCUUGGCAGCAACAGCGAGACCCGUCCCUUUUAUUGGUGCCGGGAGAAUUGGCCUAGUCAGGAGAUGCGCAAGAUCUACACAACCAUCCUCUUUGCUAAUAUUUACCUUGCCCCUCUCAGCCUUAUUGUCAUCAUGUAUGCCCGCAUUGGUUUCACCCUCUUCAAGACCACACUUCCACCCAUAAGCGGCAGUGGAACUACACCUGGAGUGGGCAUUAGUAACAAUAAAGUGUGUAUGGAAGGUCGUCACACCGUUUCAAGGAAGAAGAAGCGGGUGAUAAUGAUGCUUCUUGUUGUAGCUCUGCUCUUCAUCUUGUCCUGGCUGCCUCUGUGGACACUGAUGAUGCUCAGCGACUACGCCAGCCUGACAGAGCACCAGUAUCGCGUCAUUAACAUCUAUGUGUACCCCUUAGCUCACUGGUUAGCCUUCUUCAACAGCAGCGUCAACCCCAUCAUCUAUGGGUUCUUCAACGAGAACUUCCGCAGAGGCUUCCAGGCAGCGUUCAAAUUCCAGCUGUGCUCCGUUGACAUGGUGCGCCAACGCAGUUACUCCCAUCGGAUCAGAGGAAACGCUGUGCUCCCAGUCCAGCCCGCCAACCCCAGUAGACCAGGAUCUAGAGCUGGGUCAGUGCUAGUGGGAAACGGAAAGUGCUCAUGUCAAGAGGGAGAGGGCUUGGGUGGUAGAAAUGAUGUCAUAGAACAGGAUCUGAUCAUGGAAGACUUGGAAAAAGUAUCACAGAUUUAG